CACGAGUUUAUAGUGGCGACGAUAAAUUGAGAUAAUGAUGUAAGAUGUGAUGCAUUGCAGACAUUGAUAUGCGAUAUUAUCUAUCUCGUGUGUGUGUGUGGGAAGGAGGCAUAGAAGAUGGAUCUGAUUCUGCGAUUAUUUAAGUGACACCAACUCUCAUCACUUUUGGGAAAUUUGUUUUCACAAAGAAACUCUCCUUAGCUUCUUCUCACUAAUUUCCUUUAUAUAUUCUUACUAUUCUAUUCUCUCUGUCCCUCUCCCACCUUUCAUUAUUAUUAAUUUCAGUUUUCCUAUUAUGGAAAUUCAACACCAACAAGAACCCAUGAACAUGAACAUGAACAUGAAGUCUAGGUUCAGACGAAUCUGUGUCUUCUGUGGCACCAGCCCUGGGAAGAACCCCAGUUACCAAGUUGCUGCUAUUCAACUAGGCAAACAGCUUGUGGAGAGGAAGAUUGACUUGGUUUAUGGAGGAGGGAGCAUUGGGUUGAUGGGGUUAAUCUCACAAGUGGUGUUUGAUGGUGGACGCCACGUGUUAGGGGUCAUUCCCACUACUCUUAUGCCAAGAGAGAUCACGGGAGAAACUGUAGGAGAAGUGAGACCAGUGUCCAGCAUGCACCAACGCAAGGCAGAAAUGGCUCAAAAAGCCGAUGCAUUUAUUGCGCUGCCAGGUGGAUAUGGCACCCUGGAAGAACUACUAGAAGUGAUUACCUGGGCUCAACUAGGAAUCCACGAUAAACCCCAGGUGGGGUUGUUGAACGUGGAUGGGUACUACAACUCGUUGCUGUCAUUCAUGGACAACGCUGUUCACGAAGGUUUCAUUACACCCGCUGCCCGUCACAUUAUUGUCUCUGCCCAAACUGCCCAAGACCUCAUGUCCAAGCUUGAGGAAUACGUCCCCAAGCAUUGUGGGGUGGCACCAAAGCAAAGUUGGGAGAUGGACCAACAGCUAUAAACAUUGCAAAAUCACACAUUUCUCGUUAACCAACUCCAAUCUACAUAUGUUUACAAAAUACCUUUCUCAAUAUACAAACCCUUUUGGCUACCAUUCUGUAUUUUCUUAAUUACCAACUAAUUGCGGGUCACAACCUCAUUUGUAUCAUCAAAGACUUAACACUAGAAAAUUUCCAUCCAUUAUUAAUUGUCUUUGUUA